UCCUAAACUUUAUUGCAAUAAUUAACAUUUUAAAAAUGCUAACAUGGCAAAUCGGCGUGGAUUUGUUGGUCAUAACAAUUCUGACAAUGGCAGCGUGUGGUAGUGGAGUGGAAAACGUCGCUGAUGGUGUGUGCAAAACAGGCGGAUGUGGUCCUGUUUCAGCUGUACGGUCAGAUCAGGCCCGCUACGACAACUACAGAAUCUAUAACGUGCAGUUCGAUAAUGAGGAACAAAUUAAAUUGUUCCAGAAACUAGAAGAUCAGAGCGAUAGCCUAACUUUUAUUGGUCAUGCGAGAGAGAUUGGCCAGAAACUUUCAAUUCUAGUGGCCGCACAUCGUGUAGCCGACUUUGCGGAUAUUCUGAAAACGUAUAAAAUGCAGCAUCGUGUUUUGACUUAUAAUUUUCAAGAGAAAAUCGACCGUAAUUUACGAGAGGUGAUACCGGAGGGAAUCGACCCUUCGAAAUAUGACUGGCACCAUUACUUUCAUUUAAAGACCAUCUACGAAUGGAUUGACCAGAUGGCUGUCAAAUAUCCAGAACGUCUAACUGUUCUGGAUAUGGGAACUAGCACACAGGGCAACCAGAUCAAGGGAGUCAAAGUGGGUCAUAAUCCUUCCAACAAGGCCAUCUUCAUUGAAAGUGGUAUUCAUGCGCGCGAAUGGAUCGCACCUGCAACGGCUACCUAUAUAAUUAAUGAGUUACUAACCUCAACGGCCGAUUAUGUGCAGAAGCUGGCCAGCAACUAUAAUUGGAUAAUUUUCCCUUGCGUCAAUCCGGACGGCUACAAGUACACCUUCGAGCAUGAUCGCAUGUGGCGCAAAAACCGCCAACUGUUCGGCACGUGUCGUGGAGUAGACUUGAAUCGAAACUAUCCCGAUCACUGGAACACAACAGGUUCCAGCAGUGAUCCCACACGUUACGACUUUGCCGGACCCACCAGCGCUAGUGAAUUGGAGACACAGCGUUUAAUAGAAUUCAUACGUAAUAACGUCGAAAAAGAGCAUAUUAAGACGUACAUUGCUCUGCAUUCGUACUCGCAGAUGCUCAUGUUUCCAUCGGGUUAUACCAAGGAGCGCGUACCAAACUACGAUGAUCUACAAGAGUUUGGAAAAAAGGCAGCAGCAGCUAUUAAAGCAGAAAGCGGACGGGACUAUGUCAGUGGUAGCUUAUAUGAGACCAUAUAUCCAUCAAGUGGUGGAAGCAUGGAUUGGGCUUAUUCAGAAGCUAAAAUACCCAUAGCAUACACUUUUGAAUUGCGUGGUCCCCCCGACAGCGAAGAUCUUUUCAUAUUGCCUGCAGCGGAGAUUCAGCCAACGGCCAGCGAAGCGUUUGCGGCUAUCCGUGCAAUUGUAGAAGCUGCUGCCGAAAAAGACUACUACAAAUAAUGCUAUUACUAUAUAUAUUAAUUAUUUUGGACGUACAUACGUAAAACGAUAGACUUUUUAUGCUUUUAGCAAUUUUUUAUAAAACGUAUAUGAAAUGCAAUAUAACGAAAAUUAAACAUUUACUAAACAUAAA